AUGACAACACAAGUGCCGCCCUCCUACAGCCAUCUGGAGCAUUCCGAGUACUCGGAGUACCAAAUAUUGUACACAAACGAAACCGCAAAGAAACAUAAGGUCUGGCACGACGGAACCAUGCGUCUGUUCAAGCUCAACAAGAAGCUGAUAGUCUACGACGAGGAUCGCAUGGAAAUCUACUCUGACUUUCUGAGCUCGUAUCCGCGAUACCGCGUCGACGAUCUGGUCAAGCUCGAGUCGAUCUGGAUCAUGAUAGACGAGGUUUUGGGGACCUACGAAAGAAACGUUGCGAAGCAGAUGCAGAAUUUGAACGCCAACGACCUCAACAUCCGCGCGCACCAGAAAGCGGCUCCGCAGCCGCACUCGCAGCCGUCGAGCGCCCCGGCCCGUAAAAACAAACGUGUGCUUGGACUCGUAAGAACAAGACCCAGCUCGUCGCUCCCGACCCAGCUCCAGAAACGCAAGCGGGUCUCGCAGGAGAGCGUUGGCGUCAAGCGACCUAAACUGGACAAUUAUAUCCAGCGCGCCAUCGACAAGUUCACGCAGGCAGACUCCCCAGUACCCGAACCGCAGCGCUCAGACACCCUUUCGCUUGCGAGCGACGCUACCCUGGCGCUGGUUUCGCCGCUGGCGUCGGCAAUUUCUGUCAGCUCUAACUCGAUGUCUACACAUCAAAUCCGAUCCUCCAACACCUCCAUGUCGUCGCAGUCUGGCUGUGCGGCCGCCGUUCGUCAGCGGUCUCUGCGUGUGGACCGCAACUCGGGCUCGCAGAACGCCGUGGUGAUCGAAAAACCCAAGAUGCUGGCCCGCUUUAAUUUCACAGACACCAGCUCGACAGGCAGCGUGCGAGAUCCCAGCCCGCUGUUCGACUUUGACAGAAGCGCACGGGAAAUGCUGCGCAGCUACAGAACACCAACGCCGAGCGACGCACCUUACUCGAUUUUCGACUCUCUGGACAGGAACCGCUAG